UAGUAUUAAACCGACAGCAGCUUUCCUUUGGUGGAAAUAACAUUAAAUAUUGUAGCUUUCCUCUUCUUGUUCCACUUUCUUUUGUCUCUCAGAUUCAUUCUCAGUCAGUUAGACUUCUGUGUCACCCUUCUCUGAUUACUUACUGUUAAGUUGGAUGAAGAAGAGGGAGUGAAAGUUAGUAUCUUUUCCACUGUUUCAUGGGCAAUUCAUGCCGUGGAUCUUUCAAGGACAAACUCUUCCAGACCAAUAACAGUAGUAGCAAGCUUGAAGACAACUCCAAAACCUCUACCAACGUCACUUCAAACCGCUCUAGUUCCACCAACACUGAAGAGUUCUCCUCUCCCAAGAAAGACAGCAAAAACUCACCUCUUGUUAUCCCUUCAAAAGAACCAAUCAUGAGACGCAACAUGGACAACCAAGCUUACUACGUCCUCGGUCACAAGACCCCAAACAUUCGUGAUCUCUACACUCUCAGCCGCAAGCUAGGACAAGGCCAGUUCGGCACAACCUACCUCUGCACAGAACUCGCCACUGGCGUCGACUACGCUUGCAAGUCAAUCUCCAAGAGGAAACUCAUCUCCAAAGAAGACGUUGAAGACGUUAGACGAGAGAUUCAGAUCAUGCACCACUUAGCUGGUCACGGCAACAUCGUGACGAUCAAAGGAGCGUAUGAGGACUCUUUGUACGUCCACAUUGUGAUGGAGCUUUGCGCUGGAGGGGAGUUGUUUGAUAGGAUUAUUCAGAGAGGGCAUUACAGCGAGAGGAAAGCUGCUGAGCUGACUAAGAUCAUUGUGGGAGUUGUGGAAGCGUGUCAUUCUCUUGGUGUGAUGCAUAGAGACUUGAAGCCUGAGAAUUUCUUGUUGGUUAAUAAGGAUGAUGAUUUCUCUCUCAAGGCUAUUGACUUUGGUCUUUCUGUUUUUUUCAAACCAGGUCAAAUAUUCACUGAUGUUGUUGGGAGUCCAUAUUAUGUUGCUCCUGAGGUUUUGCUCAAACGUUAUGGACCUGAGGCUGAUGUAUGGACCGCUGGUGUUAUACUGUAUAUAUUGCUAAGCGGAGUCCCACCGUUUUGGGCAGAAACACAGCAAGGGAUAUUUGAUGCUGUGUUGAAGGGAUACAUUGACUUUGAUUCAGACCCUUGGCCUGUGAUAUCAGACAGUGCUAAAGACUUGAUCCGCAGAAUGUUAUCCUCUAAGCCUGCAGAGCGCUUGACAGCUCAUGAAGUCUUGCGUCAUCCUUGGAUCUGUGAGAACGGUGUUGCACCAGAUAGACCACUUGAUCCGGCUGUUCUGUCUCGGCUCAAGCAGUUUUCUGCAAUGAAUAAACUAAAGAAGAUGGCUUUGAAGGUGAUAGCUGAGAGUCUCUCUGAGGAAGAGAUUGCUGGUUUAAGAGAAAUGUUCCAAGCAAUGGAUACUGAUAACAGUGGUGCAAUCACCUUUGAUGAACUCAAAGCUGGUCUGAGGAAAUAUGGAUCUACUUUGAAAGACACAGAGAUCCAUGAUCUUAUGGAAGCGGCUGAUGUGGACAACAGUGGGACGAUUGAUUACAGCGAGUUCAUUGCAGCGACGAUCCAUCUCAACAAGCUGGAGAGGGAAGAGCAUCUUGUGGCUGCGUUUCAGUACUUUGACAAAGACGGAAGUGGUUACAUAACGAUAGACGAGCUGCAGCAAGCGUGUGUUGAGCAUAGUAUGACUGAUGUUUUCCUUGAAGACAUCAUCAAAGAAGUUGAUAAAAACAAUGAUGGACAAAUUGAUUAUGGUGAGUUUGUGGAGAUGAUGCAAAAGGGAAACGCUGGUGUUGGAAGAAGGACGAUGAGAAACAGUCUGAACAUUAGCAUGAGAGACGCUUAGAGGUCGUUAAUUUUCCCCUGGUGGUUUGUGACUUCAAAAAUGUUUAUGUUCAUGGGAUCAACAAUCUCUAGUGAGCUUUGUUUAUCUUCUUUCUUUGUAAAACGAAAAAUUGUCAUCAAUGUUGUGUGUUUUCUAAGGAUUUUUUACUUUGAAAAUCUC